GAUAUGGUUGAUUGAUUGAUAAGAUAUCAUAAUUAUGUUCUCGUAACAACAUUUUCAAUUUUUUGUUGAUUUUCUUAUAAAUAUAAAGUUAUUUGUUUCUUAUAGCAUUUCUAAGAAAGUAAUCACUAUGUCUACCUGGGUGAAAGAGAAUUGCGUAUCUUUUUUUCAACUGUUUUGCAUAAAAGUGGUGAAAACUGGACGGGUACCACAGCACAUAGCCUUUAUAAUGGACGGAAAUCGACGAUUUGCUAAGAAGCAUAACGUUCAGAGGAAUACUGGUCAUUCCAAAGGGUUUGAUAAACUUUCGGAAACUUUAAAGUGGUGUUUAGACCUUGGCAUUCCAGAAGUAACAGUAUACGCAUUCAGUAUAGAGAACUUCAAGAGGAGUGAAGACGAGGUCAAUGGCCUCAUGGAUUUAGCCCGUGACAAAUUCCAGCGUCUUUUGGAUGAAAUGGACCAGAUCAACGAGUGGGGAGUGAGGAUACACGUCGCGGGCCGACUCGCGUUGCUGCCUGAAGAUUUGCAAGCUUUAGUUGCCAAAGCUAUGUUGCUCACCAAGAACAACAACAAACUACGAUUGAAUAUUGCAUAUUCUUAUACAGCUCGGGACGAAAUAAGCCGCGCGGCAUCCCAUCUGGUGGAUGGAGUGAAUAACCAGGAACUAUUACCCGAAGAUAUUGACGAGGACCUCGUGUCUCAGACAUUGGAAUUAGGGGAGCCAGAGCUGCUAGUGCGGACCUCUGGGGAAGUUCGCCUGUCCGACUUCAUGUUAUGGCAGAUUUCAAACACAGUGCUAUACUUUACGGAUGUGUUGUGGCCAGAAUUUUCAAUCUGGGAUAUUUUAGCUGCGAUCAUCUACUUCCAAAGGCACGCUCCGCCAGCCAGACUUGAAGACAGUAUCAGUGAAGAGAAGCUUAACUUUCUCGAACGAUUGGAGAAGUCAAGAUGGCAGCAGUUGGAAAAUAUGGCGGCAAUCGUUGCCUCGUGAUGAAAAUGUAUCUUAUGUAAUUUAUUAGUAAGCAAUAAGUUGUUGUCCAUGCCAAUAUGGAUAGUUUGUGAUGGUAAUAAAUAUUUAUUUUAUUUAGUAAUUUUA